GAAUGAUUGAAUUUAAGCUGCUACACAAAGAUGCUCCCAAGGUUAGGUGAGAUUGAUAUAGACAGAAUCUCAUACAGCUAAGACAACAGGCGGGCGGACUAUGUCUGCGGGAGUGAAUGAAGUGAAGAGUAUUGACCGAGAUGAUGGCGGCGGCGCGGUUGUCGGUACGUGUGGGGUGGUGCUGGUGGGCCCGUAGAGCUACCAGGCCACAGUGUACUCUUAACUCUGGCUACCAUCGGGUGUCAUCUCUCCUCCACAACACUGCCCACAACCCGACACACACUCACUCAGCACACACGCUUAUACUGUUGUGUAAGUCGAGUUAUCGGAGCCUCGCUGGUGGUGGUGUGGUCAUAGUGGUGUGACCCCAAGAUCAUCUUCAACACUCGCUCUGUUGGGAGGCUCUAGUCAGCCCCCACACCAAGGCCACGUGGCGGGAAAGCGGGCACUACAGCAGCAGAAACAACAACAGAAGCAGCAGGAGGAGGGUGAAGGGGCGGCGAAGGUGUAGCAGGUGUGGUUGUGGGUGGUGUCUGUGUCUUUGUCUGUGUCCGCCCUCUGUGUCGUCAACAUGUAUGGGGGGAUGAUGAAAGUUGCCAAAUGUCCCAAUGAGGAGUUGUCCUUCACCAACUGCGUCAUCGUCAACGAGAAUGACUUCCCUCUUAAAGUCAGGUACAUCCAAGUCACCAAUGAGAUGGGGAAGCACUUCAUCUACACCAUCCGACAUGACCGCGGGGUGAAACCAGGUCACAUGGGGUUCAACGCCAUUCACCGCAAGCAGGCGAUGCUUUCACUGGAUCAAGAGAUCCGGGUGGAGCCAUAUGUACACGACCCUCAGAGACAGCUUGUGGGUUCCUUGGUGCUGGAGGCAGAUUUCCUCCAGAAGAAAAGCACCACUAAUGACCCUUAUAACACGGACCAGAUGUCUAUGUCCUUUAUGGAGCAGUUCGCUAAACACGGGUUCACGGUGGGCCAGCCUCUUGUCUUUAAGUUUCAGGACAAGAAAACCCUCUCUUUAACUAUCAAAGAGAUUGAAGCGGCUGACCCGGAGGCUGUGGCAUCAGGCAAGAAGCGGGAACCUCGCAAGAUCGACUUUGGUGUCCUCCAGGCAAACUCCUCACUGGUGUUCGAGAAGAGUGAAGGAUCAUUCUUAAUUCUUACUGGGAAAGCAAAGGCCCGCACAUCCCACACCAGCCUCUUCAGCGCUGACUGGGACUUCCAGAAGAUGGGUAUUGGUGGUCUGGACGAGCAGUUCAUCCACAUUCUGAGGAGAGCCUUCGCCUCCAGGGUCUUCCCUCCUGAGGUCACUGAGCAGCUGGGCGUCAAACACGUCAAGGGAAUCCUGCUGUAUGGUCCUCCUGGAACUGGAAAGACACUGAUGGCACGUCAGAUAGGCAAGAUGCUCAACGCUCGUGAACCAAAGAUUGUGAAUGGUCCUGAGAUCCUCGACAAGUACGUGGGUGAGUCAGAAGCUAAUGUCCGCCGUCUGUUUGCUGAGGCUGAGGAAGAAGAGAAGCGGAUGGGACCCAACUCUGGUCUACACAUUAUCAUCUUUGACGAGAUAGAUGCUAUUUGUAAACAAAGAGGCUCUGUAGCUGGCAACACUGGCGUGAAUGACACCGUCGUCAACCAACUGCUGUCCAAGAUUGACGGUGUGGAGCAACUGAACAACAUCCUGGUGAUUGGCAUGACCAACAGGAAAGAUAUGAUGGAUGACGCCUUGCUCAGACCCGGACGACUUGAGAUUCAGGUAGAGAUCAGCCUUCCAGAUGAACAAGGCCGCUUUGAUAUCCUCAAAAUCAAAACAGCAAAGAUGAUGGACCACAACAAACUCGACCAUGAUGUGGACUUGGCAGAGAUUGCUACCCUCACCAAAAAUUUCUCCGGUGCCGAACUUGAAGGUCUUGUCAAGGCAGCUUCCUCCUCCGCUUUAAAACGUUACAUUCAUCUAGGAAAUAAGAUCGAAGUAGAUCCCAACGCCAUCGAAAAGCUUAAAAUAACACGAUCUGAUUUCAUAUAUUCACUUGAAAAUGACGUAAAGCCAUCAUUAGGCACAAGUGAUGAAGCAUUAGCUAAGUUUAUUGAGCGAGGAAUUAUUAACUGGGGGUCAACAAGAGAAUUAGUCGAGAAGGGUAUGAUGUUCGUAAAGCAGGCCAGAUCACCAGAGACCAGCAACCGCCUUUGUUUACUUCUUGAGGGAGCACCAACCGCUGGCACCUCUGCAAUGGCUGCGUAUCUGGCCAAGAACUCCGACUUCCCCUUCAUCAAAGUUAUUAAUUCCCGCGAGAUGGUUGGUUUUAUGGAGUCGUCCAAAUGUCUACGGAUUAAUAAGAUAUUUGACGAUGCUUACCGCUCAGAGCUCAGUUGUAUCUUCAUGAAUGACUUGGAACACUUGAUGGGCUACUCACCCAUAGGGCCACGUUAUCAGUCUCUGGUCCUUGAUGCCAUGUACUCUCUCCUCUCAGCCUCACCACCCAAGGGUAGGAAGCUGCUGGUCAUCUGUACAUCUAAACGUCGAAGUGUUUUAGAAGAGCUUGGUCUCCUGUCAGUCUUCACUGCCGUCAUCAGAGUUCCUUACAUCACACACCAAGAAGACAUUAAGCUGGUGCUGGAUGAGUCUCAGGCGCUGACUCCUGAUGAAAUUGACGCAAUCAUGGAUCACAUCUGCCACGGGAAGGUGUUCGUGGGGUUGAAGAAACUGCUGGGUCUGUUAGAUACUAUGAGGGUAAUGAAGGGUGUCGAGUCGCGCAAGAGGGUUGCCUCCUUCGUCAACUUACUGGAGGACGAGGGCGUUUACACUCCAGAACUUUAGAGUUAAGUGUGAGCAACAAGUGUAAAUAUUAUUGUGACUGUCUGAGGAGGAGAUACUUGUAACAGAUAACAUGAGGAAGCCAUAACAGACAUGUUGAGGAAGUGAUACAACAAUGUGAAAAUUAUGCAAGAAAAUAUGUGAAAACCAUGUCAAAAAAGAAAAAUAGGUGAAAAUUACACAGAAAAAAUACAAACAAUCUUUCUUCACUAUAAUCACAAUUGAUAUCACUGUAUGUCAGGACUUAGGAGGUCAAUUUUAACCUGGAUGUAACAGAAUUUUAUAAUCCAUCAAGAAAAUGGUACAAAAACUUGGUAAUUUACUGCUGUUUACUGUGCUGUUGGAGGCUCAUAAUAUUAACAUAAUCUGGAGAUUAUAUUAAAGAGAUAUUAGAACUGUUUAAUAGAAUUCAUAAGUUCUGGAAUAAAAUAUUGUUGUUGUAUUAUUUGAUAUACUGAGUUAAGUAAAAUCUCAGGAUAUAUUAGAUAAUUUGACUCAGUUUUUGUAACUUUCAAAGCUAUUAGGAAUCCUCAUCAACUAUCACUAUAUAUAGCUAUCAACACCAUGUACCGUCAGUUACUGUGACGUAUGAUGGUGUGAACAUUCGUCUCUUGGUCUCUUAUUAUUAUUUAUAUAGAUUAUUUUUUGUAAGGCAAUAUUAAUAAUAAUAUGUGAUUCAUCAGUACACAAUCAUCUGUUUUUCACUAGUUUUGUAAGGAAAUUCAAAGGUAGGCCAUUAAGUAGAGAAUAAAAUAUGAUAAGAGGAAAGGAUUGUGGAGAAAUUAUAGAGAUGUUUGAUGAGAUAUUAUGUCGGUCGACUUGUGUGUUCAUAAUGGAUAGGGAAAUGGAUGUUGGUUAUGUUAUGUCACAUUUCAAUAAACAAGUGUGGUCAGGUAAUGGAUGUUGGCUACAUUAAGUCACUUUUCAACGAAUAUCUGACAGUUUGAUCUGGAAAGAUGAGAAUCAUGACUAAUUAAACGUAGCCAUAAUGAUAUAUAAUGUAGACAAAUAGCAUAUAGAUACUGUUCAAACACAUGAACACUAUACCAAUUAAAAGAUAAAUGGAUAAAACUUAAAAUAACAUAAUUUAACAAUAUCCCAAACCAUAUGAGGGAAAGGCUCUCAAAAUAUGGGUUAAAUAUAACUGUGGAAGGAAAUAAAUACAUAUGUAAGUUUCGUAAGUCCCAAGCUGUUUAUGAGAGCAGUAUGCCGUGACUUGAUCCAACUCAUUUCACAAAGGAACGGCUCUGCAUGACGUAUAUUUUAAAUCCUAAUACUCACAGAGUUAUUUAAAUAUACAAGUUAAUAAUGUUAUAACUUUUUCCAGAACGAUUUCUUAUCAAGGCUUACUUACUUAGAGGUUGUUGAUCCGUACAAGUUGAUGAAUAUUUACUUCUUGUUUGUUGACACGAGGAAAAUUACUUCCGAGUUGUGAAGAGAUACUCGAAGGUCACAUAACGGAGAAUAAUUUAUUGCAACUUAAGAAAAGAAAAAACAAAGAUUUUAAUUGUAUACUACUAUGUUAAUUUAUCAAGAGUUGUGGCAAUUAUUAAGUCUAAUAAAUCAUAUCAUACCAGUGUAGUUACAUACGUAGUUACAAAUCUUCCAUAUAGUUUAUUCUAUUUGCAUAUGUACAUUUUUUUAUAUAUUUUUUUAGUUUAAAAGUUUAUUUAUUGUUACCAUAGAGAUCAUUACUCGGAAUGAUAAAGGUGAGAGUUGGUGUUGGUAAAGGAGAUUGAACUUAAUUGAACUGUUUCCUGUUACUACAUUAGGAAGACUUAAAAGGGAUGAGCAGGAGUGAUUCUGAGCCUUGAUAACAAUAUAUGUAAAUAUAUUGAUUUUGAGAGUUGUUAUAUACAUAUAUAUAUAUGUGAGUGUGUGUGUGUGUUUCAUGUUCUACUUAUUAUUGUUAUUCACCUCUGUGCUGGUCCAAGAUUUACAAGUGUUUUAAAAGAUAUCUAGUCUUUCAGUAUGAUGUGCAAUUAAAUAUUCUUUUAUAGAGGCAGGUGGAAAUAAUUUUUUCUUCCUAGUAUGCAUUUAAUGUAUAUUCUUUGGAAGUGUUACACAUAACAAGAAAUUGAAAUAGAAAAAAAUAACAGGGUGGCCCUCGGUAUGGGUGUCCAAGCUGAUUUAAAUUAAUAGUGUGUUAGGCUGUCCGUACAUAAUUUUAUCUCGUUCAGUAGUUAUCAGGAGUGCGACAGUAACACUAAUGUCACCAUACUAUUGACCUGAGGAGUGCCCGUUGUAGUUAUUGUGCCCUAACUAACUUGACCUAUAAGCAGCAUAAUUCAUUCAGAGAAAAUAAUUUAAUUUGUCUUUAAAAUUACGUUCAGUUGUUCUUAUGUUUUUUUUUUUUAAUACAUACAUUAAACAAAUGGAAAAAAAAGACAUUUCCUUCAACUGUUGUCUGGGCAGUGGUGGUGAGUGAGGUACAUUACUGAAGCGCUCGCUACCAAUCUUUCAUAUCAUUCCAUCAAGGUUAAAUAUGUCAUAAAAAUCUUCUCUGGGGAAGACACCAGACACUACACGACCCCGCGUGAUAUAACAAACAGACUCAACCAUCUUUGUAGGACCACCUUAAAAAAAAAAUAACAAUAUUCACCUUAAACACAAAAAAAAAAAUUACUGCUGUUCUGAAUUUCAGUUGAUCUGUAUAACAUGCAAAUCAGCUUAGUCAAUGUUCGCUUUAACGUACAUGAUGCGAAGCUGAAAACCUGUUUUGUUAAGAGGGUGCAUGUCAACCCAGUAUAUGUUAAACGGGUUUACGUUAGCUGAUGUACGUUAAGCGGAUUUACAUUUAUGCUGGUGUACGUACGUUAAGCGGACACUGGCUACACAUAAAUCAGUAGUUCCCUAAAAGUAACAGAAUGAUAUUUGAAGAAUUUACACCUAACAAUAUUGUGUCAGGUUCUUGAUGGUGUACUUUGAAGACCUCUUACAUAAUUAUUAUGCAGUAUGUCACUGGAUAAAGCACAUUGAUAAGAUGACAUGGUGACAUCGCGAGGGAGAAGACUUGGUUUAGAGUUAACAAUGAUAUGUUAGUUUUAUAUUCUAGUGCUAAUGAUUUUUAUAUUGUAAAGUAACAGAUUUCAUUUAAUAUUGGUAAUUUGAGAAUUUGAGUUAAAUUUAUAUGAUAGUCAUGAUUUACGUAUUCAAAGUUACAUAUUUGAUUUGUAAGUGAUAUUUUUUAGUUUGUUUUAUAUGCUAGUUUUCACAAAUGUAUUCAGAUUAACAUAUUUUACAGUACAAACUACAGACCAAUGUAUUAAUUUCCAUCAUGAUAAUCUCCACAUAAUUAUACUCUUUUGUUGUAAAGAGAAGUUACGGCUGUAAAUUAUCAUUAAUAUGUGUCUUCGAUAAUUUUAGUUUUAUAUAUAAAAUAAUUUGCUGAUAAUUACAUAGAGAUAAAUUUUGUUUAAGAUCAAAUUAUGGGAUACGUUUUAGUGGCUAUUCAGGACAAGAAAAUGAAAUUAGAAAAAAAUAAAAAAUAUAUAUAAUAAAAUGUGAUUAGGCAA